UGUCAAACGCUCAGUAUUCAUAUCCAUUCCGCAAGUGUUGCUCUGGAAUUUCUGCGAAUUCUAGACGCUAAAAGCCUGUAAUUUUGUGCAGUUUCCGGGAGUGCAAAAACACACAAACGUUUAACAUAAUGAGCAACCUAACCGAGGAUCAAUUGGUUGAAUUCCAGGAGGCGUUCAACCUGUUCGAUAACCGUGGCGAUGGCAAGAUCCAGCAGCAGCAGAUCGGCGAAUGUCUGCGGGCGCUCGGCCAGAACCCGACCGAGUCGGACGUGAAAAAGUUCACAAUGCAGCUCAAACCGGACGAGCGCGUCUCGUUCGAGGUAUUCCUGCCGAUCUACCAGGCCAUCUCGAAGCAGCGCACGGCCGAAACGGCGGACGACUUCAUCGAGGGUCUGCGCCACUUCGACAAGGACGCGAGCGGUUUCAUCUCGUCGGCCGAGCUGCGCCACCUGCUGACGACGCUGGGCGAGAAACUGGGUGACGAUGAGGUGGAACAGCUGCUCCAGAACCAGGAGGAUUCGCAGGGGAACGUGAACUACGAGGAGUUCGUACGGAUGGUCAUGAGCGGCUAGAGGAAGCUAGAGGAAACGACGGAGGAACAUCAACGAUGCGCGAUGGAUUGGAUGUCGUUCAGGGAGGAAAAACACAGACCAUAAACUAUCGUCCACCCCGCCAACAACGUUCGUGUCACACAAGCUACACCUAAACAUACGAACGAGCAUCGCGUGUUUACUUAAGCACCUUAUUUUUCCAUUCCCGUGGCGUUUCAAGUAGUGUUCUGCAAUGUUUUUGCAUUUACCCAACCGUAUGUGUGUGAGGCGUCUGAAAAGGGAUUUAUUAUUAUUUUCUUCUUGUUAACAACACGGUAGAAAAACGUACACGAAAACAAACAUUAAAUUGGAACACUUAUAACAUGCCAUUAAAAUUGCCCAAUGUGAGAACGCGUGCGCGCGAGCAAAUGUGGAUAUCAACAUACAUUCUUACGGUUUGAUGGCAGGCAAAGUAUUAAAGCGUUUUACUUUAUUUUGGAACAAACGUUCUUCAGUAACUGUGUCACAUUCUUACUAAUUAUUUCCAGUUUAGGUGUGACUAUGAGUUUCAUUUAUCUAAUAAAGGUUGCUCCAUUCGUGGAGGUACGUGACAAAACAAAAA